AUGAAUAACCAGAACAACAAAAACACCAAUUUCAGACAUUUUCGACAUCAUUCCUUCUCAGAACCUUCUUUAUUGGAUGAAGAAGAAGAUGAGGAAAAUACCCUUAAAGCAGCUACAACAACGGCCAUAUCGACAAUUAUGGAUGGGAAAGUCAUAGAAAACUUGAAGAUUACUUUUCCACCAAAUAUCAAUCUGGACGAAUUACUACCGAAAUCGAAAAUGGCUGGUGUCUCUUCAAAACCACCGAACAGCUUUAUUAUUUAUCGUAAAGCUUUCGUCAAAGAGUUAAAUGCUCAAGGUUAUUAUUUUGAAAUGAAAAAAAUUUCUUCUCUUGUUUCUGCUAAAUGGAAAAGUGAACCUGAUUAUGUAAAGGAAGCAUAUCGAAAAAUUGCAAAGGAACUCGCAAGUCUCGUGCCUCCUGUAAAUAGUCAAAUACGGAAAUCUAAAAGACUUAAUUGGGUUUCUGUAUCAACCAAACAAGAAUUUGCUUUGGCAGCAUCACAUCCGAUUCAACUUGAACCUUUCCAGAAUACAAAUAAAAUAAAUACAUCGACUAACUUAAAUUACGAAUUGAAUCAUACUUUCGGAAAUACUGCAAAGGCUCAUUUACCUUUACCUAUAGAUCGAAGAUCUCAAAAUAUUUUUACCGGCGAUAUAUUUCACUAUAACUUUCAGAUUCCGGCAAACUUUUCGAAAAUGCCAUCGCUAAUGAAUAACGUUCCUCAAUCAACUUUGUCGGAUUUUAAGCGUUUACUGUAA